ACAUUGAUUUCCCAAAAACGGAAAGAAAAUAAUCCGACCUCCUCAAAAGUGGGUUGAUAUAAAGAGAGUUGUUAAGAGAGCCACAUCCUAAUCCCUCUUGACGGGGCUCUCGCCCUCUCCCUCUCUCUCUCUCUCCCUCUCUCGGAAUCCGAAUUAUUCCUGAAGAAUCUUUUCAAUUUCUUAUCCUUUUUUAUUAUCAUUAUUAUUAACAACACCCAUCGCAUCAAUCAAUCAAUCCCUCAUUCAGCAUCAUCCUUGAGUCAUGGAUGCACCACCAAUUGCGAUCGAUGCUCAACAACAACCCCCCCAGGGUUGUGAAUUUGGGCAGGAGGGGAAGAAGGACCUGGGCGAUGAAAAUCAUCAUGGAAUUUGUGCCAUUUGUUUGAAUAAGAUCGCCUUGCAGGAAACCGCUCUCGUAAAAGCUUGCGAGCAUGCGUACUGUGUGAUUUGCAUCCUCCGGUGGGCUGCGUAUAAGAAGGAACCAACUUGUCCGCAAUGCAAGAAUCCAUUUGAGUUCCUCAACAUCCAUCGUUCUCUUGAUGGCAGCAUUCAUGACUAUAUGUUUGAGGAGAGCGUUUGCCUCCUCCUAAGAGCUCCAUGGUUUCAUCCAUUGCAUGUGGAGAAGACUCAUCAAGUACCGGAUGAUCACAUCCUGGAAGACUUUUACCCUUACGGGUAUGAAGAAGAAGAAGAAGAAGACGAUGAUGAAGAUCUAGAUGAAGUGUAUCUGGGCCGUUCAUCAAAUAUCAAUAUCCGUAUUGGCAACAGGAGGUGGGGCAAUAACGGGUUUGUGAGGGCUGGAAAGCAAGAGGCACGACCCGUCCAUCAACAACACGUCUUUCAGGAUUCAGAGGCUGGACCUUCCUCUCGCGAGCCUAAAAAGAAACAGGCUGCUGCUGGUGGAGACAUGGCGGCAGUAGGGCGGCGAGCCAAGCGGACACUAAAACGCGAAGCUGCAGACAAAGCCGCUGCUGCAAAACACCAGCAGCAUUUGGUUAGGCUGGGACGCAAGUGAUUUACGGGUCCUGAAGUUCAUCCAUCUGUACAGUGUUUCUUUUAAAAAAAAAAUUGUGAAAUGACUGUUUUUAGCUUUAGAUGUUAAGUGAUAAGAAGGGCUUUGACCACUUGUUCUUAUUAGGUCUCUUACAAGUAACCUGCUUUAAUAUUUAUGUUCAGUUCUUUUGUUCAUGUUGAUAUUGGUUUGAAUUUUCAAACCCGAGCAGCAUGAUAUUUUUAGUUCAAAUUGCUGUUCAAACUUUAAUUAGAAUAAAAGUUUGACUUUUUCAAGUCA